UUUCCAUCAUUCCUGUGCUAUUUCUAUUCUCUGCACCUACACUGAGAACUGUCGAAAGAGAAGUACACAUCCAGCAGCAGCAGCAGGCCAUCAUGUCGGACCCGGAUCCGGAUCGUCACCUGAAAAAAGUGCUCGAUGUCAUUGGCGUCAGCACGAAAAUCGGCAAUGUGGUACAGCUGGUCAAGCGACGUCGUGGCAGCCCGCCGAAAAUUACGGAAGAGCAGGAGAUUCAACAGCGGCUCGAGAAAUCGAAAGAUGCCCGCUCGGAGCGGCUCAACAUCUUGGCCACCAAGCACCGGCACGUGCUAGAGGUGGGUGCGUACAUCUUGGGCGAAGAUCAGGACUACGUUGCUGAGUGCGUGGCGGACCGGAUGUUCGAUGUGCAGCUGCUGGAUAGCUUCUUUGAGGCAGAGGGCACGAAGGCGCUGCUCCUGUUUUACGACAUGUGCCCUCCGCCCGGCAUGGAUACGGGCCGGUACAAUGCGAAGGUAAAGCAGGCAAGCAAUCAAGUUUGGAUCACCGAUGGACGCAGUGGCAAAGUGACCCCGGUUUGUGUGGGAGUGUGUCGGCACAGUAAUGCCAAGCCGAUCGAAACCAAAGGACUGAGCGAUGAAAUCCUGUUCACAAACAUCACAAUACCCUCGGGAAGCUCGAUCGUGUACAGUUUGGUCUCCAUUUUGGAGCGCGUGCUGAAGCCGGCCAUCGACUACAUCCGCGACUAUGGCCAUUGCAAUGACAUGCAGAAGAGUAACUUCAAGUACGGCGUGAACCGGUUCAUCAAUUUCCUCAAAAGUACCGAAAAAGACAUUUCCCAGCGUAUCGUGUUUGAGGUGGAUCGUGAUUUGUACAUGGGCUUUCUACUGACCGCCAUCCAGGUGCAGGAAACGGCACACAAUCGAGAAAAGAUGGGUCGCGUUGAGCACAUUUUCGCCCGCUGGAUGGAACAGGUACAGUAUGCACUCACACAGGGCGACCAGAUCGAGCAGGCUCCCCAUUACGCCGGACCGCUGGUAGAGUUGGAAUAUUGGCGCACGGUACUAACGCGCUACACGUCAAUCAGCGAGUUUACGGAGGGUAAAGUGUUUCGUCAGUUUCUGGAAUCGUUGAAAAUCUCUCGCGGCAAGUUGGCCAAGGUUUGGGAAGGUUUGGCGGCAGAGUUGUCCAACAAGCUGAUCGAAUCGCGGGAUAACGUACGCUUCAUAAGCUCGAUCGAACGGUUCUGGGAUCCUCUGUAUCGAUGCGAUCCGCAAGAAGCGACGAGAAGCAUUCCUAGCUUACUGGAAGUCAUCCGUCAGGUUUACAAAUCCUCCAUGUACUACAACACCUCGGACCGCAUAACAGGGCUGCUGACAAAGAUUGCCAACCAAAUCAUCAUCAACUGCCGGCUGUUUCUAACCGAUCGUGGCACGAUUCGCAUCUACAACCAGCCCAAGCAGGUGCUGAUCAGCAAGAUCACCAUCUGUCACAACUUGGACGCAACCUUCCGGGACAGCUAUAGACAGACGGUGCAAAAGAUGGCAGACAGUCCCACCGAAACACCUUGGGAAUGUUCGCAGGUGUUUGUGUUUGGUAAACUGAACCACUUCAAGCUGCGGUUGGCGCGCAUACUGGAAGUCAUGGAGCUGUUUCUAAAGUACGAAAUCAUCGAACAGGUUGCUAUUUCCGGAACGGAGGUGUUUUCUGGACGCAUAAGGGCGGCCUAUGAAACGCUUACCUCGAAGCCGUACGAUCCAUUGAUCUACACCGAGCACCAGUUUGACAAGGAUUACGAAUGCUACCUGAAGGAGGUAGAGCUGGCAGAAUCGGGGCUGCAAAAGUUUCUCAAAAAUCAGCUCGCCAACGAGCGCACGGUCGACAGCAGUUUGUUGAUUUUGCGGCGGUUCGAGAAGCUGCAGCUGGAAUGUUUGUGCAUUGAUCGCCGUUAUCUGGAUGUGGCCAUGAUGCUGGAGACGGAAAUUUUUCAACUGAAAGAUAUUUACAACGAAAACCGAGCGAAUCCCCCGAUACCGUACGGUGUGCCGGAAACUGUCGGGCGCAUAAUGUGGGCCCGUGCGCUGUUUCGUCAGAUGGACACUCCGCUUGCGAAUCUCAAACAUCGAGCGUGCGUGGUGAACCACCGCAAAGCCCAGCUCUGCAUCAAAUACUACAACUAUCUGUGCGAAGUGUUGAUCCACUACGAAUUGCUGCACCACAAAGCGUGGAUGGUGUUUGCGGAGAAGGCCCGCACCAAGCUGUCUACGCCGGUGUACCGGAAGCGUACCUCGGAUAACUGGUUGGAGCUCAACUUCCAUCCAUGGAUCAUGCAAGUGAUCAGGGAAACGGAGGUAGUGCUAAAGCUUGGGUUGAGUGCGCCCGAUUUUACGCUUGUUUUGGUGCAGAACAAAAUGAAAAUUGAUCAAUGCUUUGAAAGGGCGAAGCAUCUGUUGCGACAGAACAACACGCUCCGUUUGGGCAUUCCGCCGAUAUUUUUACCACUGAUGCGCACGAUGUUGGUGAAGCUCGAUAAAGCCUUUCUGCCCGGGUUGUGUGUCAUUACGUGGGAAUCGCUGAACAUUGAAAAGUAUCUAGACGAGGUGGAAAGUACGCUCACGGAGACGGAACAAUUCUACAAGGAGGUGCACGACAUUUGGCAAGCCCGUGUCGAGGAUACGCUGAGUUCGUUCGAGAGUACCGAUCUGCUGACGCUCCCGGCCGAUCCGGUCGAUCCGAACGAGUUCUACGAAAUGAACAUUCGGUACCGCCAGUCGGUGCAGGUGUACCUGGAGAAGAAAUCGCAGGCCAUGGAAGGUGCAGUUAUAGAGCUGAUCAACAAGUUUGCCACGAAAAUUGAAGUUCCCGAGCGUGACGAUCGCGGAAAUCGCAAAUAUCAGCUGCCGCUUGAUCAAAUCACCGAUGAAAAUAGACGCAAAGAAGAGCUGCUGCCGACGGACAAGUUUGAUUGGAUUCGAUUCGACAAGUUGUACAAAACUCUUGCCAAUCCCACGCCCGAGGCACAUCUGGAAGCGCUGUUCCAGGAUUACGGUGCGCUCAACUAUGACGUGACAACGCUACACAUAGACUGCAUGGAGCUGUUUGCGUACUUUAACAAUCGCAUCAUUAACGUGUUCGUGCGUAUGGUGAAAAACUCGCUGGAAAAACUGCGCUCCCGGCUCGAGCUGGUGCGGCUGCAGUUGAACAAGGCAGCCAUUCUGGGCGAAAUUCAUCCGCUCAUAGUUACUGCAAUGAAGCUGCAAACGGACUGUUGCGACAUUGUACCCUCGCUGGAGGAUAUACAGUUCUCCUUUGAGCGAGUCGUGCUGAAUGUGGUGGAGACGUUCUACGCGAUCUCCACCUGGGGCCGGCAGGCGAAAUCUGCGGAGAGAAAAGCAAGACGUCCAAUGCUGGCGGAGCAGCGUGCUGAGAGGGACUGGUUCAAGCUCAUUUCCGAACACAAAGAGGUGACCCGAAUGGUGCACGAAUUUGACGGUGGAAUGUUGCUGCUAAAGCCCGACAUCAGCUACAUUUUGAAGGAGGUGUACGAUCACUACGAAUAUCUUUGGAAGCAGAACUUGUUCGGUCUGGAAAUGGAAGCGAAGCCCGAGCGGUUUGAAAAGAUUAAGGAAGAUCUGGCCUGCGUCACAUACACUAGCCACAUUGGGCCGAUCGUGAUCAAUCUGGAUGCUGUUGUAGAGGUUGUCCUUCGGCGGUUGUUCGCUUUCUACAACAUCCGAAUUGGAGAAAUUGUCGACUUUAUCACCGAGCACGAUGAGACGCUCAAGCGCAAGCUCUCCGAUUUGGACGACAUUCGUAUGGCGAUGGACUGUUUGCAAACGGUGCAGGAUACUUUCUCCUUCAUCGAUGUCGAUCUUACGUUUAUCGAGCAAACCUAUCGCACGUUGGCCGAAUUCGAGCAGCUUGAAAUAACGCAAGAACAGGUGGAUAGCGUUUACGGUAUUCGUGACACUUUCAAAGCAAUGAUCAAGAUGGUGGAGAAGGUCGAGAAUGACAUCAUCGCGCUGCAGGUUCCGUUGCAACGCGAGCUAGGCGCCGGAGUGGCCAAGUUCAACGAAGAAAUUACCGGCUUUGAUCUAGAGUUUGAAACGAACGGCCCUAUGGAGGAGGGCAUUCCGGCGAAGGAGGCUAGCGAUCGGUUGCUCAUGUUUCAGGGACGGUUCGAUGAGCUGUGGCGCAAGUUCGAGAUGUACGCCAAUGGCGAAGCGUUCCUGGGGUUGAAGGUGAACGACUAUCCGGUGCUGCAUAAGCGCAAGAAAGAGUUUAAUCUGCUCAACAAACUCUACUCGCUGUAUCUGCAAGUGAUGAAGAGCAUCGAUCAGUACUACGAAACUCCGUGGCAGGAUGUGGAUAUUGAGAACAUCAACGCAGAGCUGACCGAUUUCCAGAACCGCUGUCGAAAGCUGCCGAAAGCAAUGAAGGAUUGGCCGGCCUACAUUGAGCUGAAGACCAAGAUCGACGACUUCAAUAACAGCUGUCCACUGUUGGAGCUUAUGUGCAAUGAGGCGAUGAAAGACCGGCACUGGGAGAAGCUGGAACAGAUGCUGAACUGUAAGUUCGAUGUAACUUCGCCGACCUUUACGCUGGGUAACAUAAUGGAAGCACCGCUGCUCAAGUUUUCGGACGACAUCGAGGAUACGUGUAUCGGUGCAGUGAAGGAGAACGACAUCGACACCAAGCUGCGCUCGGUAGUGGCGGAAUGGUCUACGGUGAAUCUACAGUUUGCGCCAUUCAAGGCUCGUGGCGAACUGCUCAUCAAGCCGGCAGAAACGGUCGAGAUCAUAUCGUUGCUCGAGGAUAGCAUCAUGAUCGUGAACUCGCUGGCAUCGAACCGGUUCAACGCCCAUUUCAAGAAGGACAUAAUGCUGUGGCUGCACAAGCUGGUGAACACUGGAGAAAUUCUGGAGAAAUGGCUGCAAGUGCAGAACCUGUGGAUAUAUCUAGAGGCCGUGUUUGUAGGAGGAGACAUUUCCAAACAGCUGCCACAGGAUGCGAAACGCUUCGCCGGCAUUGAUAAGAGCUGGGUGCGCAUUAUGUUCCGUGCGCGAGACAAUCCGAACGUUGUGAAUUGCUGUACGGGUGAAGACUUUAUGUCCUACACGCUAACAUCUCUGCUGGAGCAGCUCGAAACGUGUCAGAAGUCACUCACCGGGUAUUUGGAAUCGAAGCGUCUCCUGUUCCCCCGAUUCUUCUUCAUUUCCGAUCCUGUGUUGCUGGAAAUUCUCGGCCAAAGCUCUGACCCAACCUCCAUUCAGGCUCAUUUGUUGAGCAUUUUCGAUGCCGUCGCCAGGGUUGAGUUUGAUGAGAAAACGUUCGGUAAAAUCGUGGCCAUUUGCUCGGACAAUGGUGAGCGCGUUCCGCUUGCUAAUCCCGUGUUCUGUGCCGGUGGGGUGGAGAUUUGGCUCGGCAAUCUGUUGGGGGAGAUGCAGGAUACCAUCCGAACGAUCCUGGCUCAGAUGGCUCACUGUCUCGCAAGUCCGGAUUUCAAUUUCAUUCUCGGCUUCCAAGAGUAUUGCGGCCAGGCAGGUCUCGUCGGUGUACAGCUACUGUGGACGAACGAGGCAGAAAUAGCGCUGAGCAGAUGUCGCACUGACAAAGCGAUCAUGCGUGUGACCAACAACAGGUUCCUCAAUCUGCUAAACAGCCUCAUUGAACUGACGGUGAAGGAUCUAACGAAGCUGGAGCGUAUUCGCUUCGAAACGAUGGUUACCAUACACGUGCACCAGCGUGACAUUUUCGACGAUCUCGUGCGCUUCCGCAUAAGAACAGCGCUGGACUUUGAGUGGCAAAAGCAGGCACGGUUUUAUUACAUCGAUGAAACGGACGACGUAAUCGUGAAGAUAACGGAUGUGGAUUUUAUCUAUCAAAACGAGUAUCUCGGCGUAACGGAACGAUUGGCCAUCACGCCGCUUACUGAUCGAUGUUACAUUACGCUGGCCCAAGCGAUCGGUAUGUCGAUGGGAGGUGCUCCAGCCGGUCCUGCUGGCACGGGCAAAACGGAAACCACAAAGGAUAUGGGCCGUGCAUUAGGGAAGCUGGUGGUGGUCUUCAAUUGUUCGGAUCAGAUGGAUUUCCGAGGUUUGGGCCGCAUUUACAAGGGUCUCGCACAAUCCGGUUCCUGGGGUUGUUUCGAUGAGUUCAAUCGUAUCGAACUUCCCGUGCUGUCCGUGGCAGCGCAACAAAUUCAUAUCGUUCUCAGUGCCCGUAAGGAAAAGAAGACAUCCUUCCUGUUUAGUGACGGUGAUACAGUUUCGCUCAAUCCAGAGUUUGGACUGUUUAUCACCAUGAAUCCGGGAUACGCAGGGCGACAGGAGUUGCCCGAGAAUUUAAAAAUCAUGUUCCGAUCGGUCGCAAUGAUGGUUCCCGAUCGACAGAUUAUCAUGCGCGUCAAGCUGGCCAGCUGCGGUUUCAAGGACAACGUUAUACUGGCGCGAAAAUUUUUCACACUCUACAAACUGUGCGAGGAACAGCUGUCGAAGCAAGUGCACUACGAUUUCGGUUUGCGUAACAUUCUGUCCGUGCUGCGAACGCUCGGUGCCCAAAAGCGUGCCAAUCCGACCGAUACGGAGGAAACGAUCGUUAUGCGUGUCCUGCGAGACAUGAACGUGUCGAAGCUGGUGGACGAGGAUGAGCCGUUGUUCAUUUCGCUGAUUGAGGAUCUGUUCCCAGGCAUCAAGCUUAGCACCUCGAGCUACAAGGAACUGCAAAAGGCCAUUGCAAACAGCACUGAAUCGCUUGGAUUAAUGAACCAUCCCGAAUGGAAUCUGAAAGUAAUUCAACUGUACGAAACUUCCCUUGUGCGACACGGACUGAUGACUCUGGGACCGACCGGUGCAGGAAAGACGCAGUGCAUUCUAACCCUGCUGAAGAGCUUUACCGAGCUCGGUAUGCCGCACAAGGAAAUACGCAUGAAUCCGAAAGCAAUCACUGCUCCCCAGAUGUUUGGACGUUUGGACGUAGCCACGAAUGAUUGGACGGAUGGCAUUUUCUCUACGCUGUGGCGCCGUACACUAAAGGUGAAGAAAACGGACUUUGUAUGGCUGGUGCUCGAUGGACCAGUCGAUGCAGUAUGGAUCGAGAACUUGAAUUCCGUGCUGGAUGAUAACAAAACGCUAACGUUGGCAAACGGCGAUCGUAUUACGAUGGCACCGAACGCAAAGCUGGUCUUUGAGCCGGACAACGUAGAUAACGCAUCACCGGCUACCGUAAGUCGCAUGGGUAUGGUGUUUAUGAGUGCGUCCAUCAUGAAGUGGGAACCGAUUCUCAAUGGAUGGCUCAAAACCAAGCCUCCAGAUGUUAGCGAACUGUUGAGGCGCCUGUUUAUGAAGAUCUACAACGAUCUGCAUGAGUUUGUGCAAACUAAACUGAAGGCCAAAAUGAAGAUACUGGAAGCCAUCUACAUUCGACAGUGUUGUGAUCUACUGGAAGGACUGUUGGCUCCACGGAACGAAGGCGAAACGACGGCCGACUUUACUGAUGCUCACGUGGAGAGGCUAUUUCUGUUCUCGCUCAUGUGGUCUUUGGGUGCCGUGCUUGAGCUGGACGAUCGUGAAACAAUGGGAGAGUUUAUAGCAAAGCAUCCCUCCAGAAUGAAAUGGCCAAAGUUACAACCGGGUGAAACGAUUUUCGAGUACGUCGUAUCAGAGGAGGGCAACUGGCAGCAUUGGAAUGAUCGCGUAGAAGAGUACAUCUACCCUAGCGACAGUGUGCCGGAGUUUGCGAGUAUCUUGGUACCAAACGUCGACAAUGUGCGAACCUCAUUCCUGAUCGAUUUGGUAGCGAGGCAAAGCAAAGCAGUGCUGCUGAUCGGUGAACAGGGUACCGGCAAAACCGUCAUGAUUAAGGGCUACAUGUUGCAGUACGAUCCAGAGUAUCAUCUUUCGAAGAGCUUCAACUUUUCCUCCGCCACCACGCCGAACAUGUUCCAGCGGAUCAUUGAAUCGUACGUGGAGAAGCGCGUGGGCACAACGUAUGGUCCACCUCAGCAGCGCAAGAUGUCCAUCUUCAUCGAUGAUGUUAACAUGCCGAUCGUGAACGAGUGGGGCGAUCAGGUAACGAAUGAGAUUGUGCGCCAGCUGAUGGAGAAUCGGGGCUUCUAUUCGCUAGACAAACCGGGCGAUUUCCUCACCGUGUUGGACAUUCAAAUGCUGGCGGCAAUGAUCCACCCGGGUGGCGGUAGAAACGACAUCCCGCCUCGGUUGAAGCGUCAGUUCUGCAUCUUCAAUUGUGCCAUUCCUAGCAACAAGUCAAUGGACAAAAUAUUCGGCGUGCUUGGCGAAGGGUAUUUCUGUGAGUCGCGGUUCAACGAGGUGCUGGUUCGGUUUAUUCCACGCCUGGUGCCAUUAACACGUAAAAUUUGGCAAGCAACAAAGGUAAAGAUGCUUCCGACACCGGCCAAAUUCCAUUACGUGUUCAAUCUGCGAGAUCUGUCUCGCAUCUGGGAAGGUAUGCUGAAAGUCAAAUCGGAACAGUGUGAAACCAUCCGGACGGCAAUAAAUCUCUGGCGGCACGAAUGUACACGCGUGAUAGCCGAUCGGUUUACAAACUUCGAGGAUCGCAUAUGGUUUGUGGAUUAUUUGCGAACAGCAGCCGAGCAAGAGCUUGGGCCCGACUUUGAACACUAUCAGGAGGAAGAGCAGUUCUUCGUCGACUUUCUGCGAGAUGCUCCCGAACCUACCGGCGAGGAAGGAGAUGAUGUGAGCUUAGAACCACCGAAGCUGUACGAAGAAAUGCCCGGCUUUGAGGAUACUACUGCUCGCGUCAAAAUGUUCCUUGAGCUGUACAACGAACAGGUCCGUGGCGCAACGAUGGAUUUAGUGUUCUUCCGCGAUGCCUUGAUUCAUUUGAUGAUAAUUGCGCGCAUUAUCGGUACUCCGCGUGGAAAUGCACUGCUGGUAGGCGUCGGAGGAUCAGGCAAGCAGAGCUUAACACGGUUGGCGUCCUUCAUUGCCGGGUACAAGUUCUACCAGAUCACGUUGACCAGAGCGUACAACGUGAACAAUCUGAUGGAGGAUCUGAAGUAUCUGUACCGUGUGUCUGGUGUGGAAGGUCAAGGCAUAACGUUUAUAUUCACCGAUAACGACAUCAAGGACGAAGGCUUCCUGGAGUACAUCAACAACGUGCUCAGCUCAGGUGAAAUCGCCAACCUCUUCCCCAAGGAUGAAAUCGAUCAAAUAACAAACGAGCUGAUACCAGUGAUGAAGAAGGUCGAUCCGAAACGCAUCCCGACGCAGGACAACCUGUACGAUUUCUUUAUCUCCAGAGCGCGGGCCAACCUUCACAUUGUGCUGUGUUUCUCGCCUGUGGGAGAAAAGUUCCGCAACCGGUCGCUCAAGUUCCCGGGGCUCAUCUCAGGCUGUACCAUCGAUUGGUUCCAGCGCUGGCCCGAGGAUGCACUCAUUGCCGUAUCAACACAUUUCCUGCGCGACUACAAUAUCGUCUGCACGCCUGACGUUAAGGUGCGUCUGAUCGAAAUCAUGGCAUUCGUGCAGAACCGUGUGGCCGAAGUGUGCAUCGAGUAUUUCGAACGGUUCCGCCGGCAGGCGCACGUGACGCCCAAAUCGUUCCUUUCAUUUCUGGAAGGCUACAAAGUCAUCUAUAGACAGAAGCACGAAAACAUUGCCGUUCUAGCGAGCCGAAUGCAAACCGGUCUGGUGAAGCUGAUUGAGGCAGCUGAAUCCGUUGAUGUACUGCGCUUAGAGCUGGAGGAGAAAGAGAAGGACAUUGUGAUUGCCACCAAAGCGGCGGAGGUGGUAUUAGCGUCCGUGACGGAGUCUCAGUGUGCAGCUGAGCUGGUGAAAGCGGAUGUAUUGGUGGUGAAGAACAAGGCCGACAUACUGGUAGAGCAAAUCCAGGCGGACACGCUAGUGGCGGAGGAUAAACUGGAAGCUGCCCGACCAGCACUGGAGCAGGCUGAAGCAGCCCUAAAGACGGUGACCGGUGCCGAUAUUGCGACGGUACGAAAGCUUGGUAAACCACCGUACCUGAUCACACUGAUUAUGGACGUUGUGUUGAUACUGUUCGGAAGACGAAUAGCUGCCGUCAAACCGGACGAAGAACGCCAGUUUAUGCUGGCAUCUUGGGAGCAAUCACUUAAGGUAAUGGCGGACACAGGCUUCCUUGGCAAAAUUGUACGCUACCAGGCAGAUCUCAUCAAUGCGGAAACGGUCGAUCUCAUGAUGCCGUAUUUCAACUACCAUCUAUACACGUUUGAGGCGGCCAAGGCAGCUUGCGGCAAUGUGGCCGGUCUACUGAAAUGGACUGUUGCGAUGGCGGACUUCUACGACGUAAAUAAGGAUGUGCUGCCCUUGAAGACCAACUUGGUUCGGCAGCAGAAGAAGCUAGACAUAGCCAUGGCCGAGAAGGCAGAAGCGGAGGCACUGUUGAAAGCAAAGGAGGAAGAGUUGGCCGUCGUGCAGCAAAUGUUUGACGAAGCAAUGGCGAAGAAAAAAGCCGUGCUGGAUGAUGCGAAACAAUGCCAGGAUAAAAUGGAUGCAGCUUCGGCGUUGAUUGACGGGUUGGCUGACGAAAGGGUACGGUGGACAGAGCAGUUGGAGCAGUUUAAAGAUGAAACGGAGCGACUUGUUGGAGAUGUGCUCAUCCUAACCGGCUUUCUUUCGUACACUGGUCCCUUCAAUCAAGAGUACCGCACUGUACUUCAGAUGAGCUGGCAGAAUGAACUCAGCAAACGCCGCAUUCCAGUGUCCAGGAGCAUAAAUAUAACAGAAAACCUCACCGAUCCCGCCACUAUAGGAGAGUGGAAUUUGCAAGGAUUGCCGAACGAUGAGCUUUCGAUUCAGAAUGGCAUCAUCGUGACGAAGGCAGCUCGCUAUCCACUGCUGAUAGAUCCCCAGUCACAGGGCAAGAUGUGGAUCAAGAACAAGGAGAACGAUUUUGGUUUGGUGGUGACAUCGCUCAAUCACAAGUACUUCCGAAAUCACAUUGAAGAUUGCGUUUCACUCGGCUACCCGAUGCUGAUCGAGGACAUUGGUGAAGAGCUCGAUCCCGUGCUGGACAACGUUUUGGAGAAGAAUUUCAUCAAAAUGGGCAACACUUACAAGGUGAAGGUGGGUGACAAGGAGGUGGAUGUGAAUGAUUCGUUCCGCAUGUAUAUGACCACGAAGCUACCGAACCCGCUCUACACGCCCGAGGUGUCUGCACGAACGUCCAUCAUUGAUUUCACCGUGACGAUGCGUGGGCUAGAGGAUCAGCUGUUGGGUCGAGUGAUCUUGACGGAGAAGCGCGAACUGGAAUCGGAGCGAACCAACCUGAUCAAAGAUGUGACUGCAAAUCGACGUAAAAUGCAGGAACUGGAGGCAAAUCUGCUACACAAGCUGUCCACCACGCAGGGCAGCUUGGUGGAUGAUGUGACGGUGAUUGGGGUGCUGAAUACGAGCAAAAUCACCUCGAUUGAAGUGCGCGAGAAGCUGAAGAUCGCGCGGGAAACGGAGAUCAAAAUCAACCGAGCUCGCGAAGAAUACCGACCGGUAGCGGCACGAGGUAGUGUGUUGUACUUCCUCAUAUGCAGCAUGACCAUGGUGAACAACAUGUAUCAAACGUCGCUGGUACAGUUCCUGGAACGCUUCGACAUUUCAAUGAACCGUUCCGAUCGGCAUCCGGUGCCGACGAGACGUAUUAACAACAUUAUCGAAUAUCUCACCUAUGACAUCUUCCGAUACGUGUGCCGAGGGUUGUACGAGGUGCACAAGUAUCUGUUCGUUCUUCUGAUGGCUCUGAACAUUGAUUUGGACCGGAAGACGGUAACGCAUGCCGAGUUUCAAACGUUUAUCAAAGGAGGAGCAGCCUUGGAUAUCAACACGUGUCCGGAGAAACCGUACAAAUGGAUUGCCGAUGUAACGUGGCUGAAUUUGGUGCAGCUCUCCAAACUCGAUCAGUUCAGUGCAAUACUCGACAGCAUACGGGGCAAUGAGAAGGGCUGGAAAGCGUGGUUCUCGAAGGAAGCGCCCGAAGAAGAGCCACUGCCACCGGAGGGAGGCUAUCAGUCGAUGGAUGCAUUCCGCCGUUUGCUGAUCAUUCGGGCAUGGUGUCCGGACAGAACGCUGUUCCAGAGCCGUCGCUAUCUGGGCAUGUCGCUUGGCGAACGGUUUGCCGAUCCCGUCAUCAUCAACUACGAUGCGCUGCUGGAGGAAAGCCGGCCUCUGACGCCGUUGGUUUGCUUUCUGUCUAUGGGUUCCGAUCCGACGCCCAGCAUUGAAAGUUUGGCCAAAAAGAAUGCCAUCAAGUGCCGCUCGAUCUCGAUGGGCCAGGGACAGGAGGUGCAUGCACGCAAACUUGUCGGCAGUUCGCUGGAGGAAGGCUCCUGGGUGCUGCUCCAAAACUGCCAUCUCGGGCUGGAGUACAUGAACGAGCUGUUGCUGCAGAUCAUGGAUUUGGACCGGGCGGGUCCUACGGCGUACCAUGAGAACUUCCGCAUUUGGAUGACCACCGAGCCACAUCCCGCGUUUCCGAUUACUUUCCUGCAGAUGUCGCUGAAAUUUACCAACGAACCACCGUCGGGCGUGAAGGCCGGUCUGAAGCGUACUUACGCCUCGAUGUCGCUGGAGAUGUUCGAGUACAGCGAUUCUCUGUUGUACGUGCCACUGAUUUACGGAAUAUCGUUUCUGCAUACGGUGGUACAGGAGCGGCGAAAGUUUGGCCCGUUAGGAUGGAACAUUCCGUAUGAGUUCAACUCGGCGGAUUGGCUGGCGAGCUGCAUGUUUGUGCAGAAUCAUCUGGACGCACUGGACCCUAAGGUGGGUCGGGUAAGCUGGAAAACCAUGCGCUACAUGCUGGGUGAGGUGCAGUACGGAGGACGCGUUACGGACGACUACGACAAGCGGCUGCUCAACACCUUCGCUCGCGUUUGGUUCUCGGAUGCAAUGUUUGAGGAAACGUUCCGCUUUUUCCGCGAGUAUCGCAUUAUGCGUUUCAAGACCAUUGAAGAGUACCUUGAGGCUAUAGAAGGCAUGCCGCUGGUAGAUCCUCCGCAGGUGUAUGGAUUACACUCGAACGCAGACAUUACGUACCAGAGCAAUACGACGAAGGAAAUCUUGGACACGAUCCUGUCCAUCCAACCGAAAGAAUCAUCGGGAGGUGGUGGCGAGACGCGUGAAGUGACCGUAGCGCGGAUGGUACGCGAUAUGCUGGGCAAAGUGCCUCCGCCGUACGAUCCGUACGCGGUAAAGGAACGGUUGCGCAUCAUGGGUCAUCAGGAGUCGAUGAACAUCUUUUUGCGCCAGGAAAUCGAUCGGAUUCAGCGUAUCCUGUUGCUCGUACGCCAGACGCUAGACGAUCUGCUGCUUGCGAUCGACGGUGUGAUCAUCAUGAACGAGCAGCUUCGCGAUGCGCUGGACAACAUCUACGAUGCGCGCGUGCCCACCGUGUGGAAGCGGGGCAGUUGGGCGUCGGCCUCACUUGGCUUCUGGUUUACGGAGUUGAUUGAGCGCAACACACAGUUCAACAACUGGUGUUUCCGCAAGCGGCCCAACAUGUUCUGGAUGACGGGAUUCUUCAAUCCGCAGGGAUUCUUAACCGCCAUGCGACAGGAAGUGGCCCGCGCACACAAGGGCUGGGCCCUGGACAUGAUCACACUGCACAAUGACGUGACGCAGAUGCUGACCGAAGAGUGCAAGGUAACGCCACCGGAAGGGGUGUACGUUUACGGGCUGUACAUCGAUGGAGCCGGCUGGGACAAGCGGUUCAUUCGGCUGCAGGAAGCAACCAACAAGGUCCUGUACUCACCGAUGCCUGUCAUACACGUGUACGCCAUCAAUUCCACUGCACCGAAAGAUCCAAAGCUGUACGAGUGUCCAGUGUACAAGAAAGCUAAUCGAACGGAUUUGAACUACAUCACACCGUUGUGGUUGCAAACGGCCAAACCGCCGGAACAUUGGGUUCUUCGUGGUGUUGCACUUUUGUGUGAUAUCAAGUAAAUUUGAGGCGAGCAAGGAAUUUGUUGGGGGAAGCAAAACAAUUAGAGAAAAUAGUAGUCUAACUCAAAAUUUUGAAGCAUGCUAUCGGGAUGAUGUUUUAAUAAAUAGUAACAAAGCUUUUACGAACAUUGA